CCGGCCGCGCUCCGGCUCCCGGGGGUGUCACCGGCCGCGCUCCGGCUCCCGGGGGUGUCACCGGCCGCGCUCCCCCCGCUGUGCCAUGGCCGGGCUCCUGCCGCUGCUGCUGCUCCUGCUGCCGGCGGGACCCGCCGGGGGCUCCAAGGACGAGUGUUUCUCCAAGCUCUUCACGGCCAGCGGGGAUUGCUGCCGGGCCUGCAACGUGGGCGAGGGCGUGGCGCAGCCCUGCGGGGUCAACCAGACGGUGUGCGAGCCCUGCCUGGACAGUGUCACCUUCUCGGACACGGUGAGCGCCACGGAGCCGUGCAAGCCGUGCACGCAGUGCGAGGGGCUGCAGAGCAUGUCCGCGCCCUGCGUCGAGUCUGACGACGCCGUUUGCCGCUGCGCCUACGGAUACUUCCAGGACGAAUCCAGCGGGAGCUGCCGCGAGUGCCGCGUCUGCGAGGUGGGCUUCGGCCUCAUGUUCCCCUGCAAGGACUCGCAGGACACGGUGUGCGAGGAGUGUCCUGAGGGCACCUUCUCCAGCGAGGCCAACUUCGUGGAUCCCUGCCUGCCGUGCACCACGUGCGAGGAGAACGAGCUGCUGGUGCGGGAGUGCACGGCCGCGGCCGAUGCCGAGUGCCGGGGUCUCCACCCUCGCUGGACCACGCAGAGCCCGUCCCUGGGGGGCUCCGAGAGCCCCGAGCCGGCCAGCAGGGAGCCGCUGGGCACCGAGGGGGCGGCCACCACCGCGGCCAGCACGGCCACCACCGUCAUGGGCAGCUCGCAGCCCGUGGUGACCCACGGCACCAGCGACAACCUCAUCCCCGUCUACUGCUCCAUCCUGGCCGCCGUGGUGGUGGGGCUGGUGGCCUACAUCGCCUUCAAGAGGUGGAACAGCUGCAAGCAGAACAAGCAGGGAGCCAACAACCGCCCGGUGAACCAGACCCCGUCACCCGAGGGGGAGAAGCUGCACAGCGACAGCGGCAUCUCCGUGGACAGCCAGAGCCUGCACGACCAGCAGCCCCCCGGGCAGGGCACCCAGGGGCCAGCCCCCAAGGCGGACAGCAGCCUGUACUCGGCGCUGCCGGCCAGCAAGCAGGAGGAGGUGGAGAAGCUGCUGGGCAGCUCUGCCGAGGACACGUGGCGGCAGCUGGCGGGCGAGCUGGGCUACAAGGAGGACCUGAUCGACUCCUUCACCCGCGAGGAGUCCCCGGCGCGGGCGCUGCUGGCGCACUGGGCCUGCCGCGAGUCGGCCACGCUGGACGCGCUGCUGGCUGCCCUGCGCCGGCUCCAGCGCGGGGACAUCGCCGACAGCCUGGCCAGCGAGUCCACGGCCACCUCCCCCGUCUGAAGGGAGCCCCGGGCUGGGGGGGACCCUCGCCGGGCUCUGGGGGGCGGAGGGGUCACCCCGGGUCCCCCCCGGCUGAGCUCCCGGUGCCGGCGCCGUCCCCUCCCCGCGCCGACCCCGCCCGGCAGCGCCUGAAGGAGUUUGGGGGGCUCAGCCCCGCCCUGACCCCAAAUCCCGGCUGUGGCCGGAGCGUUGGGAGCCCCGGGAUGGGCGGGCAGCCGGACAGAUGGACACGGGAGUGACCGCCGUGCUCUCCCCUCCCCCUUCCAGCCCCUUCUCCCUGGGGCUCCUCGUCCUCCUGCCCCGUCCCCAAAUCCAGCUGAUGUCCCCCAAAAACGGGAGCGG